GACUUGAUCUGGCCUUCGUCAUGACCGCGCCAUCUUACCUCCGAAACCACGGGUAGAUCAAACUCUGGAUCACGUCUGGUUCAUCCAACAACUGCACCAGCCCUAUCCACCCCAUUUGUAUUUUAUUUCAUCACUCCUACUAUCACUUCUCAAGGAGAUCAAUAGCAAAUUUGUCCAGCAAAUCGAUAGAGCCUCAUAAUGAUGGACGCCGAAAAGACAAGCGCCUCCCACACGCUAGACCACGGCAGGCAGAUUGAUGUACCUGACCCGGAUAGCCACCUCAGUGAGGAGGAGAGACUAGAUGUGGACCGGAAGUUGGUUAGACGGCUUGACUGGAUGCUCAUUCCAUGGCUUUGCAUACUUUACCUAUUGGCGUUCCUUGACAGAACAAACAUCGGAAAUGCAAAAAUCGCCGGCCUGAAUCACGAUCUGGGAUUAACUAGCUCCCAGUACAACUCGUCGCUCACCAUAUUCUUCGUCUCGUACGCCGUGUUCGAGCCGUUGACAAACAUUCUCCUCAAGAGGCUUCGCCCAUCAAUAUUCAUCCCCAUCAUCAUGGUUCUCUGGGGCGCAUCCAUGACCGGCAUGGGUUUCGUACAUAACUGGAGCGGCCUGAUGGCCGCUCGAUGGUUCCUCGGUCUCACGGAAGCAGGACUAUUCCCAGGCGUCAACUACUACUUGUCAUGUUGGUACAAGCGAUCCGAGUUUGGUAUUCGUGCUGCGAUCUUCUUCUCAGCGGCCGCCAUUUCGGGUUCUUUUGGUGGUGCCCUAGCUGCAGCAAUAGAACAGAUGGCCGGUGUCGGCGGGCGACCCGGUUGGGCUUGGAUAUUCAUACUUGAGGGACUUCUAACAGUGUUGUUCGGGGUUGCAUCCUUCUGGAUGGUGCACGAUUUCCCCGAUGAGGCCAAAUUCCUCUCCGAAAACGACCGCGCCCGCGUCAUUCGCCGGCUCAAGAUGGACCAGCAGGCCUCGGCCGACCAUGAGGAGUUCAAUAUGUCCUUCUUCUGGCAAGCUGUGCAAGACUGGAAGAUGUGGCUGGGCAUGGUCAUCUAUAUGGGCUGUGAUAUGCCACUAUACGCCUUCAGCCUGUUUCUGCCCACCAUCGUCAACGAGCUCGGAUGGAAUACCAGUACUGUACGAUCGCAGCUGAUGACCGUGCCACCCUACGCUGUGGCAGCCGCUUUCACAGUCCUUGUUGGCUGGGUAGCAGACAGGACCCAACAACGCGGACUGUGCAACAUCUUCGUCAGUUUGAUUGGUAUUGUGGGCUUUGGCAUGCUCAUAGGCACCGAGAACCCUCAGGUCAAGUACGCUGGUACCUUCCUGGGAGCCCUUGGCAUCUACCCCUGCAUCAGCAAUACAAUCACCUGGGUCGCGAAUAACGUUGAAGGGGUUUACAAACGAGGCGUGGUCUUGGGUUUCGUCAUCGGGUGGGGCAAUCUCAACGGUAUCGUCAGCUCCAAUAUCUACUUUCGCGAGCCUCGCUUCUUCGAAGGUCACGGCGUUGUGCUGGCUUACAUGUCCAUCUUUUUGUGCCUCGGCAGCGUGCUCAUGACAACGCUGCUGAGGAUAGAGAACGACAAGAGGAGACAGGGAAAGAGAGACCACUGGGCAGAUAACAAAUCUGAGAAAGAGAUUGAGGCACUGGGAGACAAGAGACCUGAUUUCUUGUACACCCUGUAGCAUCGGUCCGUGGGCGGCCUGGCAACGAUUAGGAGGAUACGCAUGAUGCACCCCGCACACGGGGGAUGUUAAAGUUCAAUCAGAAAAUAAACUAAUGCGAGUGAAUAAGAUGUGAUGGCUUCUUUGC